AUGAGUGAAAAUACAAAUCAAUCACCUCAAGAUCCAGCAAGGCCGCAGGAAUUUAAUAAGAGGAAUACAGUGAACAGGCCACAGAAGAAGUCCAUUGAAUCUAAACUAUGGGACCUUUUACAGCCAGUCGCGAGACUAUGGGGCCUAAUUACCGCCAUAGUGCUAAGCGGCGCGGGAGCCGAAUUGACUGUUCUAGGCUACGAAGUUGCUCCAGCACUUAUUGCAGGUGCUAUAUUAGUGUUCUUGCUUGAGACAAUGUGGGUGGUUGCUUUAUUCGUGGACCUUCUCUGUCGGCGAGGAGAGUAUUCUAUGAAGUUAAGAUGUUGGGACUUCAUGAGGUGGUCAUGCGGGCGAGCUCGGGCGCCGUUCUACGCUUGUGCUGCGACCGCGAUUUUGUUUGCAAACCUUACAAUACUAGCCACUGUUUCAGGCGGCAUGCUGCUAGUACUAGCAGCAUUACGAGCCACUGUUCCGUUUUCUCCAUAUGCGAGUCACGGCCCACACUCACCUCGAGCCGGCAGCACGCUGCUCAGUCAGCAUGACAGCAAUGUACCUGAUGUGUAUUACAACGCUGUUCAAGCAGCAGAGGAAAGCAAAAUCUGGGUACUGGUUUUUGAGUAUGAAGGCAACAAACAUUACAAAGCCCAAGUAUACAGGGUGACUGGUGAAUUACUAUCGAUAGUUGAGGACGUGAUAUUUGACGAUCAUAUAUGA